CGACCUCGGGAACUGCUGCACGCAUCAGCAGGACCCUGACUUUGACACGACGCUGCACAUACCGAGACAUCACAGCCAGCACAACACAACGACAUCUUGCCCGCGCGCAUCGCACGCUGCGCCUAUCGACACGAUUGACACAAGGUAGUGGAUCACCGGACCCACUGCGGAAUCAACAGCCGUGCGUCUCAAGGACGUCAUUUGAAAAGGGACUUGCCUAGCAUUUAGCAUUUGCCCUGCACGACCACAAUCAUGCCGGAAGCCACACGCAGACUGUUAUACCAACUAAACAGACGCUGGGUCUUUGGCAAGAUACCGCUCCUGCACUCGAUCGUCUUCCUCGUCCAGAUCAUGGCUGUCUCGCUCAUUGCCCGCAAGUACAACAGCUACUAUGCGCAGCGCCCGGUGCUUACCACCAUGAUCACCAACGCGAUUCUGGGUGGUAUCGCAGAUACGGUAGCCCAAACCUUGACUGCUGUCCGUGAACGCGCCAAUCGCAAAGGCGGCGCCGGCAAGGACGACUUCCUCGCGAUCGAGAUCCAUGAUCUCGACCGCCGCAAUCCGUGGCCCGAUCACGACAUCAUUCCAGACUCCAAGAAGCUGCCGCCUCCCUUCGACUUCGAGCGCACGAUUCGCUUCAUGUCCUACGGUUUCCUUAUGUCACCUAUCCAACACCGCUGGUUCGGCUUCCUGUCCAAGACAUUCCCUAUCACAAAGAUCGGCAGUCCGUGGGUCCCAGCGCUCAAGCGUGUUGCGUUCGAUCAAUUCCUGUUCGCCCCGGCCGGUCUUGCAGCCUUCUUCACAUACAUGACCAUCGCCGAGGGCGGUGGAAAGCGCGCGGUGCAGCGCAAGUUCCAGGAUGUGUACGUCCCUGCGCUGAAGGCCAACUUCCUGAUUUGGCCUACUGUGCAGAUCAUCAACUUCAGGGUCAUGCCCAUCCAGUUCCAGAUUCCCUUUGUUUCCACCGUUGGUAUCGCCUGGACUGCGUACCUCUCGCUCACCAACUCUGCCGAGGAGGCGUAAACGGAUCCUCCAUCGAACGGCUUCCUUGUAUAUGUAUCCCUGGUUCGCAUACGGUCGGGUCAUGGUUGCGGCAUUGUGGGAUACCCCUGAACUUCUGCUCUGAGCGCUUCUGCAUAGGAAUGGUUGGGUCAAAACUGUUUGGCGUUGACGGCAUUUUAUGCGGCGUUCUGUCUAUUCGCUCCUCGGAGAUGCUUACUCGUAUGCUCCCAGGUCUUUGUUGCUAGAGCGCAAUCACAUCACAUUAAGAACACUCGGCAUCGCAAUUGUCAUGCUAAAAUAGAAUUGAACAGAAUAGCUUGAGCGCACAAGCUUAAGUUUUGUGGUGG